GUCACCGGGACUCGGGAAAGACUUUACCGCCGCCGCCGCCGCUUCUCCUCCCGUCCCACUUCAAGCGGACCAUCCAACAAAACCACACACAAGUUUCUCGUAGGAUUCACCGGAUUUUUGUUGUUGUUUAACGGCUGCGGGACACAGUUGUGACUUUCUUCUCUCUCCGCGGCGUUCAACACCGUUUCGUUCCCCCGCGGCUGGCGGUUAGCAUCGGUUACUGCUGCUAAACAUGGUGGCCUGUCGGCGAGGAGAAGGACCCGGUCCAGUUUGGGGAUUUUAGAGGAUUUUUAAAAAGCCGCUCGGACGGCUCUCUGUGAAUGCCCGCCGCUGUGGACACAUCCGUGCUCUCCUUUUUUUAAUAAUAUUUUGUUCGAAAGGUUUAUGGACGUGAGGCUGCUUUUCUGUUCGCGUUGAGACACGAGCAGCCGCAGCAGCAGCGAGCGGACCGGUCCGUGUUCUGUGGACCGUGGAUAAUUGUAGUUAGUUUACUUUAAACAAAAAAAGAAUAACAAAAGUUUUUUUCCAGCCAGACUUAAGAGUUUUUGCACUCGAUUAAAACAAUAUAAGAAUUUUAAAAAAGUCGCAUCACACACAACGUGCGCUCGCAACUUUGUAAAACAAGUCGCAUAGCAACCCGGUUUAGUGUUCCGGACCGUUGUGUUUAUAUUGAUGACUUGACACUAGAAAUGAAGUGCAGCCUGUUGGAACGAUAUUAUCUCCUGAGUUUAUUUUGUAAACGUUUUUUUUUAACAGUACCCGCUCUGAGGUUUGAUUCCUUGUUUAUCUGUGGAUUAUUAUGGAUUCUUAUUAUUACUAUUCUGGCCUAAUCCAAACCGCAUCAGGCCAGGCAUUUUGGGAGUAGCUGCCGAUACUGUGGAUGCUCGUAGUGGUGCUGAAGAUGAUGAUGACAGAGAAAAGCGAUGGUUCCCCUUCGUUAUGAUUUUGAGUAGAGAGGAGCUAAUUACAUGGAGACUCGCCUGACAUGCCAAGGAAGGAGUUGCCACUACCUGAGGGUUGGGAGGAAGCCAGGGACUUUGAUGGCAAAGUCUACUACGUUGACCACAUUAACCACUGCACCAGCUGGAUCGACCCCAGAGACAGGCAGACGAAGCCUCUGACGUUCGCCGACUGCAUCGGGGAUGAGCUGCCGGUCGGCUGGGAGGAGGCGUACGACCCCGCCGUCGGACCCUACUAUGUCGACCACAACACCAAGAGCACCCAGCUGGAGGACCCGCGGGCCCAGUGGCAGCGGGAGCAGGAGUUAAUGCUGCGGGACUACCUGGCCGUGGCCCGGGACGCGCUCAGCGCCCAGAAGGAGAUCUACCAGGUGAAGGAGCAGCGGCUCCGCCUGGCGCAGCAGGAGUACCUGCAGCUCAACGACGCGUGGCGGGACAAGACGACGUCGCAGACCAGCCUGAACUCCAGAUCAUCGUCUUCCAGCAAGUACGACCCCGACAUCCUAAAAGCCGAAAUAUCCACAGCCAAAAGUCGGGUAAACAAGCUGAAGCGGGACCUGGCCUGCAUGAAGCAAGAGCUGCAGUACAAAGAACAAGGCUUCGAGACCCUCAAAGGGAUCGACCAGAAGGUGUCCAACAGCCCGUAUGGCUACAAGCUGCAGGAGGCGCAGACCAUCCUCAGCGAGGUCCGCUCCAUCCGAGACGCCAUCAGCACUGGGGAGAAGGAGAAAGAGGAACUCAUGCAGAAACUGGCGGUGCUGAAGGACAGCUUCCGGCUGGACUCGGGCUCCCAGCAGGAGCUGUGGGGCAGCAGUCCCUCGCUGUCCAUCCCCCCGCUUUACUCCGACGCCGGCUCGCAGACCGACAUCCCCGCCGAGUUCAUGACGAGCACCAACAAACUGGCGGAGAAGGUUCGCCUGAGUCUGAAGUACGAGGAGGCCAAGAGGAGUAUCGCCACCAUCGAGGUGCAGAUCGCCAAACUGGACAGCGAGGCGUGGCCGGGCCUGCUGGACCCGGAGCGCGACCGCCUCAUCCUCAUCAACGAGAAGGAGGAGCUGCUGAAGGAGCUGCAGUACGUCAGGCCGCGGCAGCGGCUGCAGCCCAACGACGCCCAGAAGCUGGAGUCGGAGAAGAAGCGGCUGGAGACGGACCUGCAGGCCGCCCGGGACAACCAGAGCAAGGCUCUGACGGAGAGACUGCGACUGCACUGCAAGAGGAACAAGCUGGUCAGAGAGCUGGAGGAGACGGUCCGACUGGCCUCGUCACUGCACACCCAACUCAAAAGCCUGUCGGCCAGCACUCUGUCCUGUUCGUCCGGCAGCAGUCGGGGCUCGCUCACGUCCAGCCGCGGCUCGCUGGCCACCACCUCCAGCCUGGGCUCCACCUCCUCCCUCAGCUUCACCGACAUCUACCUGGAGCAGCCGGAGCUGGCCGACCCGGACUUCCAGAACAAGCUGGACAGCCUCCUGCAGGAGGGCCAGGGAGGCUACCGGCCCUCCAGCUCCAUCACCACCAUACACGAACACGAGGUGGUGACGGGCGCCGGGGAGAGGCGCGCCGAGAAGCCCGAGGGAACAGCAGACGGCGGGCCGGGAAAAGACGGAGGUGGCGGCGGAGCGGAGUCGGGAUCCUCCAGGAUCCAGGCGCUCCGGCUGUCUGAAACGCCCCGCUCCAUGAGCUCUCUGUCGCCGCGGUCGUCUCUCUCGUCGCUCUCUCCGCCGUGCUCGCCGCUCGUCACGGACACCGCGAGUUUCCCGCCCGGAGAGACGUUCCCGGGCCAGACGGGGCCCGGCGGGCUGAGCCUGGACUUGGAGCUCCACAGCCGGCUCGCAGAGCUGGAGCUCAGCCUGGACUCUGAGGGGCGGCGGCGGCGGCAGGAGGAGGAGGAGCACGGCGGUCCCGGGAGGCUCGAGGAGAAGCAGAACCACGACGAGGUCAAAGACUCGACUCCCCAACAGCGAGGGACCGGGGCGGGGCCAAAGAAAAUAGGCGUGACCUCAGCGGUGUCUGACGAGUCGGUGGCCGGCGAUAGCGGCGUGUACGAGCCGUCGGAGCGCAGGCCGGACCUCCCCGCAGACGUCCUCCAGAGCUCCUCCGAGGAGAGGCCGCCGCUCUGCUGCUCUCAAGUGCAGCUCGGCUUCCGCUACGAGUCCAGAGACCAGCGCUUCACCAUCUACGUCACGCAGCUGGCCAACUGCAGCGCCCUCUGUCUGCCGGCUGACCAGAAGAUGUAUGUGCGUUCGGCGGUGCUGCCCUGCGUGGAAACCACGCGCUGCCUCUUCCGAACACGCGGCUCUCUGCCUCAGGACGUCGUGGAGGUCAACGAGGUGUUCAGCGUACAGAUUUCCCACAGUGCACUGCGGCAGAAGACGCUGAGGGUCGACGUCUGCAACACCAGCAAGUCGGGCCACGAAGAGUGUCUGGCCGGGGCCCAGAUCAGCCUGGCCGACGUCAGCUGUUCGGAGGAGAGAUGCACCAAGUGGUACAAUCUCCUGAAUCGCGCCUUCCUGCGCGAGAUCAAGGACAAAGAGUGCCCGGCGGCGGGCGGCGGCUCUGACCCGACUCGUGGCGUUUCCCACAGUGACCGAGCCGACGUUCCCGAAGACGACGAGUGGCACGGCGACCUUCUGGACAUGUCCGACGACGACGAGGGCAACGGCGUGGAGGGAGCGGGACCUCUUGAGGAAGAGGGCGUGUUUUAUCCUGACAGCAGCCAAUGGAGAGCUGAGGAUGAAGAGGAGGAAGAGGAGGAACAGGUUACCAAACCUCCAUCAGCAGCAGCAGCCAUCACAGAAAAGGUGAACAAGGAGACGAGCAUGGGCAACUUGUUGCCGUCCUACCACGGCUCGGUGGUUCGGCCAAAGGAGCGGCGCCCGGACGUCCACCAGCAGAACCCCUUCAUGAGGGGCAACAGCAUCAUCCGCUCCAAGACCUUCUCCCCCGGACCUCAGAGCCAGUACAUCUGCAGGGUGAACCGCAGUGACAGCGACAGCUCCACCCUCUCCAAGAAGUCUCCGUUUGUCCGGAACGCUUCGGAGAGACGCAGCAUGCGCAUGAAGAAGCCUCCUCUGCAGCUCAAAGGUCUGGACGGCCUGCUGCGGACGUCCAUGGACCUGGAGAUCGACCUGCAGGUGUCCCGGACGCGGCAGUCCCGGCUGGCGCAGGAGCUGCGGGUGCUGCGCGAGCUGAAGCUGCAGCUGGAGAAGGCGCGGCAGCAGGGCCGCCGGGAGCUGCCCGCCUGGGUCCAAGAGGACGAGCGCUUCCGCCUCCUCCUCAAGCAGGCCGAGAAACAGACUCGUGAGGAGCAGCUGCAGGAGAAGCGGGUGGAGAAGAUGAUGAGGGCGGCGGCCAAGGAAGUCCACAAGAUCAGAGGCCAGAGCCGCAAAGAGGACCCCGAGGUCCAGACCUUCAGAGAGAAGAUGGCGUUCUUCACACGAGUAAAGAGCAGCAUCCCCGACCUGCCGGCUCACGACGUGUAGAGAAGCAUUUCAAAGUAUUCCCCCCCCCACCCCGACCCCACCCUCCCCCCUUUGAGUCUUAACCUGCUGUUCCCAUACAAAUGAAGCAACAAGUUUGGCGGUGUUAUGAAGAAUAAAAACAACAACAAUAGAACGUUUCGUAGAGAAAACACUCGGAAACGUGAAGAAACACGUUUUUUUUCUUCUUCUUUUUUCUUUUUAAAGAGCUCAGCGUUUCUAAUGUGGAUAGUCUUUGUUUGUAAAUUAGUGAUAGCUAGAGCCUUUUUUUAUUUUGUAUUAUUAUUAUUAUUAUUAUUAUUAUUAUUUCCCUCUCUCCUCCACUCUGUCUCUAGCGUUGUGUUUCUGUUACUAACUUCCUGGGUGUGUAGAAUCAUUCCAGCACAAAGUCACACCGCCACACGUGUGCACACAAAGAGUUUUGUACUAAGCUGACACAAAGGAAUAUAUUUGUACAUAGCACAAAACAAUGGUACUGAAGCGACAUGAGCAACUUAAGCUGAUGAUAAAACACAAUAAAUAUAUAAAGUUACGAGACGUUUAAUAUCGCCCUUCGAGUAAUGUGUGUGUGUGUUUUUUAAAAAUGUGUUCACUAUUGAUGGUUCAGCAUCAUCGUCGUCAUCAUCUUCAUCAUCAUCAGCAGCAGCAGCAUGCUUUCUGAGCAGCGGCCAAACUGGACUUUACAAGCGUUGUCUGAACUGGAUCGGAUGAUUCGAGGUGUUUCUCACUUUCAGGUCAAAAGAAGAAAGAAAAAAGUCACCAUGAUUGUCUCACACCAGUCACACACACACACACACACACAUUCAUACAUACACACACACACACUCUGCAAAGUAUAGAAACGACACCAACUCCCACUAACAUUCAGGUAGAUGAUCGGAUAGUCUGCACUCUAAGUGACUUGGGUUAAAACAUUUUUUUAAAGAUAAUUAAUGUGGGUUUUUGGAAAAUGUAAGAAAGAAAUCCAAAAACAUUUGCCUCGAAUGCGCUGGAAUGACUGAUGAUUGUUGAAACACUCACACACACACACAGGAAGUGAAGAUCAAAUGUAUUUUUUACGACUGCUAAGUAUUAGCAACUAUUUGAGUUCUUGGAUCACCUUGUGCAGCGAGGUUUUAAUGUUGGACGUUUCCUCUGAACUGGAUGCUCUGGACACAUAACUGAGUCUCUGGACACAUAACUGAGUCUCUGGACACAUAACUGAUGCUCUGGACACAUAACUGAUGCUCUGGACACAUAACUGAGUCUCUGGACACAUAACUGAGUCUCUGGACACAUAACUGAUGCUCUGGACACAUAACUGAGUCUCUGGACACGUAACUGAGUCUCUGGACACAUAACUGAUGCUCUGGACACAUAACUGAUGCUCUGGACACAUAACUGAGUCUCUGGACACAUAACUGAGUCUCUGGACACAUAACUGAGUCUCUGGACACAUAACUGAUGCUCUGGAUACAUAACAGUCUCUGGACACAUAACUGAUUCUCUGGACACAUACCUGAUGCUCUGUGAUCAUUAGCACGGCGCCCCAGCGAAGCCCGACGCAUGACCGUGGCUUUGAAGCUGCUCUAACCGACGGUUCUUAUCGUACCAGAGCGUGGCGGUGACGGUGUUGUUGUGCUGCCCUCAAGAGGCCAACACAAUUAAUUACCUGCUUUUUUAUUUUAGAUCCUCCAUAUAUUUUUUUGCCCUCCAUGCCACAAUUAAUGACACGUUAACAGCAGCCUGCAAGUAAUCACUAUAAUAAUGUCAGAUAAAAUAAUGGGGUUUUAUUGCUAGGGGUUUUCCUACAUCAAACCAACAAUGUUGGUCUUCUAGACGUCGUCCGCGGUGCUUUAUUUGAGUUGUUUUCAGAAACUCUUUAUGGUGAUUUACCUCCAUGUUUAUGAACUUAAUUUUUAUUUAUUUGUUAUCCUCUUUUAACAUUGAUAAUGACCAGUUGGUGAUGUUGAGUUUCCCUUUUAAACCGACUUUCGCAUCAGAGGAGACGCGCAGAGGCCAAAUUAAACAACCACAGGAGUAGGAAAUAGACCAGAAUGCAUUGCAGUAGGAAAUAGACCAGAAUGCAUUGCAGUAGGAAAUAGACCAGAAUGCAUUGCAGUAGGAAAUAGACCAGAAUGCAUUGCAGCGACAACCGAAUAAGAACUGGAAAUACUCACUACCUCGUUUUGAUGACCAGUUUCUUCUCAUAUUUCAUCUACAUAAGGUUUAGUGACCGCAGCCCAAAGACACAUUUAACUGACAGAAACUAAACGACACAAACAAGGACUGCAACAAGGUGCAUUCUGGGACAUGUCGUAAAUGACUAACUGAAGUAGAAGAAAAGUAGGAAGAAGACAAUUUCGAACGCUGAAUAAUUAAAAAUAGCAUCUAGUAUCGCAGAGUGAAAACAUGUUGGUUCUCAAUCACUGUUAGUCGGACAUUAAGGAAAAGAAAAAGAACUACAAGCACAACUAGAAAACUACAACAAAAUGGCAGAAAGCAGUGGAUCAGAACCAAAACCUGGAGCAUCACUCGUAUAAAAAGUGCCAAACCCUCUAUGUCCUCGCCACAAUCUCUCGCCGCUGACGUCGAGUCGUGGUCCCGCCCCUGUGACCUGUCCGUCACAGGCCGUCAGGUCCCGCCCACUUCGUUCUCGCGCUGGUCAAUAAACAAAGACGAAAUUAUUUUAAAAAGCUGAGAUGUGCCGAGGUCAUCGUCAACGUUCGGCUUCUUGCUGGGUCACCGUGCUAAUCGUGUGUUUCGGGUACGUCACGUGACACGAACCCUUCGCGUCAUCAUCAUCAUCAUCAAAAACCUCAGCUGCUGUCAUUCCAGAUGUUUCUCUCCUCCCUGUUUGUAGUUGAUGCUUGAACUGUAGAUCAGAUCCAGUGGAGACCUGGAGAGCUCCAAAUGUCUUCUUUUUUUCUGACCUGUGUUUGUGUUGCCUUCAGUGUGUGUGUGUGUGUGUGUGUGUUUGUGUGCGUGUGUGAGGAAGAUUAUUUUGACCCAUUUUCUCCACUUUCUUUUUUCUUUCUUUUUUUAACUUUCUUGAAUCCUUCCGGUGUUCCUCAAUCUCCCCGCAUGUUGUAUCCGCAUUGUUUUUCUGAUUUAGGUCAAUGUUUGAAAUCCACACACCAAAAAAACACAAAGCGGGAAUUUAUAGCACAGAGAAUGGUGAAUAUCGCACAAAUACGUAAAUAAUCCCACAACACUGCAGCUGUUCACGACCUCGACUCCAAAAAAAGAGAAAAGAAAUAAGAUGAGACCCUGAUGGGAACUGAUCUGAGAGCUGUGAGGACGUUCACUCUGCUGGAGCCGAGCGCUCGAUGCUCCCGUCGGUCUGAGCAGUCGCACGUCUGAACUGAACCACGAGCGCACAAGAUCAAUACCAAAGAUUCACACACACACACACACACACACACACACACACAGAACCUACAGAAUAAAGCACAAUAUGUCCUCGGCGGAGUAAAAGUGCAUUGGAGCGUAACGUGACUUGGAGUAAAUGUCUACAACUUUAUGCAAUUCAAGACAGUUGAACUGCCAUAAAGUCUGUUUUUUUAAAGUUGAUUUGUAUUGCUAUCAUAGAGCAGUGGUUCUGAACCUUUUUUUGUGAUUUACCCCCUGUGAAAUAUUUUUUGCAACCCAAUACCCGAUAACUAGCCAUUUUUUGGUAAAAUACACAGCGCUGUGCCAUCAGUGUCCGAUUUAAUAUAGAAUAUAUACAAUUCUGUGAGCUUACACUUCUGUUUUAUUUUGAAAUAUUUUUUUUAAUCGACGUUCAUUUGAAAUAUAUGUUUUACAAAUCUCAUCUAGAGUGCCUUCACGUACCCCCAUUUGAGAACCGCUGUCAAAGAGGAUUCAACUGUGUCUUUAUUAAUUUCUUCAUUUUAUAAAACACAACACAAAGAAAUUAAUAAACACACAGUUGAAUGAUGUCAUAGUUAGUGGUUCUGGUUCUGAUAUCCUCACGUUUGUCUACAUCAUUUAACGCCACCUUCACCUCUGACCUCAGCAGCAGACGUGCCGUUUAAUUGUAUUCACACAAUUCCAUCAAAACCUGAACGUCUUCAACUCUUUAAAAGUAGAAGUUACGGCUCACUUUACGUUAUUUUUUAACCGUUUCAGUUAAUUAACGAGAGUGUCGCUCUCGAUCUGCUUUUAAACACAUUUAGAGGUCGAGGUCAGAGUCCUCGGAGGUAAUUAUGCAUCCUCAAAGGGUUAAUCGUAACUUUAUCGAGCAGCUCAGACUCGUGACUGAUUCCCGCUCUUUGUCAGCGCACACAGGUUUGUCGUUCUCCCUCGGUUCACGGUGUGCGGCGCCCCUCGAGGCCUCGGCGAAACACGGCCGACGUGAAAAGACGUGCGCGAGUUUCGACCCGACUGCUCAGACUGAGGUCGCGGGGUCACGUGACGGCAGUGUGUGAAUGCAGCUCUGACAGGACUGAGUUUUUAUUUAAUUAUCUGUUUACUGUAGUGGGGACACAGGUGAACGAAAGCCUGUGUGUGCGUCUGUGAGUGAUUGUCUUUUGGAAAGCAACACUUCGACUAUUUUCUUUCCUUUUUUUGGUCUUAAAUGUCCAAACACGGCGCUAGAUGUGAUCUUGAAAGAAGCUGGAAAUGUUGAGAAGCGUCUGCAUUGAUUUUUUGCGAAUGUGAACAGUUUGUUGUUGUUGUUGUUGUUGUUUUCCUCCACUGUAGAGCGAGUCGUUUUAACCAAUAGGAGUCUCUCUGUGUAGGAACACUCUGUUUUUGAAGUCUAUUGAUCUUCUGUCAUGAUCGACCCGAAUGUUGUUUUAACCUCGAAAUCAAAAACGAAAUAAUAAACUCAUUUAUAUGUAACAUCUGGAUGAAAGAAUGUAAGAAAGUCUUAAACGUUCAGAGAAAAACAAAUGAUGUUAGUCACAAAUAAUUCUGUUUUCAUCAUGUAGGUUGUGAUAUAAUAAUUUUCUUUUUCUUUUUUAAGUUCAAAUGUAUUUACAUUUUUUUUCUUCCUCAUGUGAUUAUUGUUUUUCCCUAAUUAAUCUGUUUGUAUUACGACUGGUGAAACACCUGGUGACGUGUGUGGAGGCGGCUAUGAGAAACAUGCAGCAUGUAUUUAUUGCACUUUGUGAUUUGGGUUUGCUUUUCCUGUUUUUCUUUGUAUCGCAAGAGUCCCGAAAAGCUGUGAAUUGUAUUCUCAGACACUGUACUAUCAACCAGAUUUGUAAAUAUUUCACAAGCACAAAAAACAACAACCAAACAAUAUGUUUUGUAGUUUCACAACAAAUUAAAAAAAAGUUAUUCUCUUC